AAAUGGCUGUCAAACUGUGAACAUAUACGUGUUUUUCUGUUAUUUGCAAUAGGUGAUUUUAUUGCGAUACACGAUGAAAUUAAAAUUAUUUACAGUGACCAAUUCCGUCAGUUUAUCAGCGAGAUUAGUUUUGGUGAGAAAAAGUUAUAAUGUACUUCGUAAAUAGAUCGCCACAGUCAUUACAGGUCGAAAACAUGAAGUGCGAAUCAGGGAAGCAAUUUCACGUGAAAAUGAUUGUGGAUAAAUGUAAAACAGUGCUGAUACUAUCAAGUCUGGUUUGUACGUUUGCUGUUCUGAUUUCCUUGCACAAGCUGCUAAGCCAUGAUAUUAGGAUAUCGAAGCCGUUUUCACCGUUGCCAGCUGGUCUGUACGGGACAUACCUUGAAACUUUUGUGGAGCAGUCGCCGCUUCCUGCGAAACAAAGGGACAAAGCUCACGAUGCGGAAGCCGUAGUAUCAUUAAACGCGGCGUUAGAGAUGAAGAAAGUAGGGAAGGCGGAAAAAGCAUUAAAACUGUUCCAGCAUGCAUUCGCGUUGUCCCCCAAACACGCAGACAUUCUAAAUCACUAUGGAGAAUUUCUAGAAGAGACCAAAAAGGAUGUAGUGAAGGCCGACCAGCUGUACACAUUAGCUUUAACAAAUUAUCCAGAGCAUUCUGGCGCUUUAAUGAAUAGACAGAGAACUGCAAGUAUUGUAGAGAAUUUAGAUAGGGAAAUGUUGAGAAAGAUUGAUGAGAAGCGAGACACUCUGCUCUCAAUACCUGAGAAUAAUGCUGCUCUGUGCCGAGCGAAAAAAGAAGCUUACUUUCAACAUAUUUAUCAUACUGUAGCUAUUGAAGGCAACACUAUGACUUUGCAGCAAACUCGCAGUAUACUAGAAACUAGAAUAGCAGUUGCAGGGAAGAGCAUAGCAGAGCACAAUGAAAUCCUUGGUUUAGAUGCAGCUAUGAAGUAUAUAAAUGCUACAUUAUUGUAUAGAAUAAGAGACAUCACCAUGGGAGAUAUAUUAGAGAUACAUAAAAGAGUGUUAGGGCAUGUAGACCCAGUGGAAGGCGGUCAGUUUAGAAGGACCCAGGUGUAUGUGGGAGGUCAUAUUCCUCCAGGACCGAUGGAGAUUCCAAAGCUCAUGGGUCAGUUUUUGGAGUGGGUGAAUUCUGAAGAUGCUUUGGAGCUACACCCAGUGAGAUAUGCAGCCCUUGCACAUUACAAGCUGGUAUACAUCCACCCGUUCAUCGACGGCAACGGACGCACGUCGCGCCUUCUCAUGAACCUACUGCUGAUGCAGGCGGGCUACCCACCCGUUAUAGUGGCCAAGCAACAUCGCCACCUCUACUACCAGCACUUGCAGACUGCCAACGAGGGAGAUGUCAGGCCUUUUGUGAGAUUCAUAGCGCAGUGUACGGAGCGAACACUCAACCUGUACCUGUGGGCCACCAGCGAGUACAGCCCCAGCGUGCCCGCCAUCGGCCACCCGCACAUCCUCACCGGCGAGGGCUUUGACGACGACCUGCUAUGAUGAUGUCCUUACCCACUGCUGCCUCACAGGGAGAUGGCAAUGCACAGUUACAUCUGCCUUCUUCUAAAUGUGAAAAUAAAGUAGGAGAGAGUCCUUUCGUUCUCAAAUUAGAGUAAUAAAUUAUUGCUUUAAAUAGAUAUAAUAGUCCACUAUCAAAUUUCAAUUUGUUAAAAUGUAUUUUGUGUUUUAAAACUUUGAUCCUUGCCAGAUGCCAGACUGUUUUCCUAGUACCUACUUUUCUGAAGUUUUUGUGUUCAACUUACAUUUAAUUCAAUUUCAUAAACACUUAGCUAAAAAGACAACUUCUUUAGAAAAAGAUUUUAAUAUAACUCUGAUUUUGCAAGUGCAUAAAAAUGUACGCCCGUCGCCCAGUAUUGAUUGAUUUUAACCAAAGAGAUUACAGAGCUAAGAGUGAUUAGACUGCGGCCACACCUGCGCGUCAUGAACGCGGGAUUUUUACGUACAAGUAUAGUGGGUGUGUAUGGCGUCAUUAAAUAUCGUGGGAGGCGACCGAGGCGCUUCAUAGUCACUUUCGCGCAGGUUUUAUAGUUUUAAUACUUUUUGAAGUGCAUUUUUUUUACAUAAAAUGUACAAGAAUGUCCUAUAAGUAUGGUGAAUAACUUAGUAUGCUCUUGUAGUAGUGGAGAGGUGUGGAAGGGAUGCCAGUUGACGAAUCACUGAGCUCCACGUCACAUCAUCACACCCCUCCCGCAGGAACCUACUCAGUUAUGCGUCAUGCCUGUAGUUUGUAAAUAAUGUGUAUUUAUUUAUUUGUAACAUAGGAGUGUUCUGUGAUACAUAAUUUAUAAUCGGCUACGUGUUAUUUAUUAUGUAAAUUGUAUAUAGAAAUUUUUGUUUAAACCUAGUGGGUAAAUAGUACUUUACCUUUACAUGACUUUUAAUAUGCAUUUAAUAUUGAAAAUGAAAUAACUAAGGCAUAAUAAUGUUCAUCUAUCCAUACUAAUAAUGAUAAUAUAGUAAAUGCGAAAGUAUGU